AUGAAACUGUUUCUGUUAACUCUUUCCGUGGCCUUGGCCCUGGUCUCCGGCUCCCCGACGGGACUUAACCGCACCCGGACCCUUCCCCAGGUGACUUUCUCCGAGGGCCCAGAGGGUCGCAUCGUGAACGGCUACCCAGCACCCGAGGGAAAGGCGCCCUACAUCGUCGGUCUGUUCCUCCGUACGGAUGGCAGCAACAGCGGUGCCGUUGGAGCUGGUACCAUCAUCAGCAACGAGUGGAUCCUGACCGCCGCCCACUGCCUGACCACCGACUACGUGGAGAUCCACUACGGAUCCAACUGGGGCUGGAACGGAGCCUACAGGCAGACCGUCCGCCGCGACAACUUCAUCAGCCACCCCGACUGGCCAUCCCAGGGAGGCCGGGACAUCGGUCUGAUCCGCACGCCCUACGUCGACUUCAACGGACUGAUCAACAAGAUCCCCCUGCCCAGCAUGAACGAGCAGAACGACCGCUACCAGGACACCUGGUGCGUGGCCUGCGGAUGGGGCGGCAUGGACAACGGCAACCUGGCCGACUGGCUGCAGUGCGUCGACGUGCAGAUCAUCAGCAACAGCGAGUGCAACCAGGCCUACGGAUCGGUGGCCAACACUGACAUGUGCACCCGCCACGCCGACGGAAAGUCCGUCUGCGGUGGAGACUCCGGUGGCCCCCUGGUUACACACGACAACCCUCGUCUCGUCGGCGUGAUCACCUUCGCCUCCGUGGGCUGCCACAACGGACCCUCUGGAUACACCCGUGUCUCUGACUACCUGGGAUGGAUCCGCGACCACACCGGCAUCUCCUACUAAUUUCCCGAGGAAUAGUUAAUGACAAUGUGGAGGAACCUUCUUCACUUUCAUUACUUUUUCUAAAUAAAUUUAUUUCAAAACUGCAA